AAGGCGAGACUACGGGCACUGCUGGUCACCAUGCAUUCAGCUGUCCUGGCCACUCUCUUCUUGUUGAGCUGGACUCACUGUUGGUCCCUGCCCCUUCCCAGUAGCGAUGAUGAUGAUGACUUGUCUGAGGAAGACCUUGAGUUUGCAGAGCACUACCUGAAGUCAUACUAUCACCCUGUGACUCUCGCGGGCAUCCUAAAAAAGUCUGCAGUGACCUCCACAGUUGAUCGGCUCCGAGAGAUGCAGUCUUUCUUUGGCUUGGAGGUGACUGGCAUACUUGAUGAUCCCACCUUAGACAUCAUGAAAAAACCAAGAUGUGGAGUCCCUGAUGUGGGUGAAUACAGUGUUUUUCCUCGAACGCUCAAAUGGUCUCACACCAACUUAACCUACAGAAUUGUGAACUACACCCCUGAUAUGCCCCAUUCUGAGGUGGAUAAGGCCUUCAAAAAGGCCUUCAAAGUCUGGUCUGAUGUGACGCCUCUGAAUUUCACCAGAAUCCACGAUGGCACUGCUGAUAUCAUGAUAUCUUUUGGAACUAAAGGUAAGGAUGUGGAAUCAUUUGAAACAUGUUACAACUUGUUUAUUGUUGCUGCCCAUGAGCUUGGCCACUCCCUAGGUCUGGACCACUCCAAGGACCCAGGAGCCCUAAUGUUUCCCAUCUAUACCUACACUGGCAAAAGCCAUUUCAUGCUUCCCGAUGACGAUGUUCAAGGAAUCCAGUCUCUCUAUGGUCCAGGAGAUGAAGACCCCAAUCCUAAACAUCCCAAAACACCAGAGAAGUGUGACCCAGCCUUAUCCCUUGAUGCCAUUACCAGUCUCCGAGGAGAAACCAUGAUCUUUAAAGACAGAUUCUUCUGGCGUCUGCAUCCUCAGCAGGUCGAGGCAGAGCUGUUUUUGACAAAAUCAUUUUGGCCAGAACUUCCCAACCAUGUGGAUGCUGCAUAUGAACAUCCAUCCCAUGACCUUAUGUUCAUCUUUAGAGGUAGAAAAUUCUGGGCUCUCAAUGGUUAUGACAUUCUGGAAGGUUAUCCCAAAAAAAUAUCUGACCUGGGAUUUUAAAAAGAGCGAAGCCGUCUCUUAGCUUUUGCAAUUUUAUAUGAUGAUGCUAAUCAGACUAUGGACAAAGACUAUCCCCGAUUCAUAGAAGAAGAAUUCCCUGGAAUCGGUGAUAAAGUAGAUGCUGUCUACGAGAAAAAUGGCUAUAUCUACUUUUUCAAUGGGCCCAUACAGUUUGAAUACAGUAUCUGGAGUAAUCGCAUUGUUCGAGUCAUGCCAACAAAUUCUUUGUUGUGGUGUUAAGCAUCUUUUCAGAAUUGUUAUCUAACUCCUGGAGAGCAUCAGGAUAACAAUUUCCAUCCUGGCGGGUGGGGUGGGGAAUCACCAGGAAACUUCCUCCUGGGAACAGGGUUCAGGAAGCUAUCUUCAAGCAUGCAGUGCCUAUGUGACUAUUUGUGGCUGGGACCACAUUGAAGAAUUUUAAAGUAAUGAAAUUGAGAACCCCAAGGAUCGACUGAUUCUUGGGAGCAGUGAAGAAACAAGAUUGAUAUUUUCCACAGCAAACAUGGGAUCCAUCUGUGAUGAGAGUAAACAUAAUUAUUAAUAUAUUUAUAAAAAUCCUAAAAGUCAUAAAAUAAAUCAUAUUUAUAUAACAAACAUGGAAAUUUGGGGAGUGUAUGUAGCCACCGAUGAAUGUAGAUAGAGGGAAAUACCUGCAAAAUACAGAAUAGCAGACAACUUUCCAAAGGAGUCAUUUGGGCUUUGUACUGUAAGUAUUCAGAUUUAAACCCAUUUCGUACAAACACUAAUAAAAGAUCAAUGUCGCCAAGGGAAGGGAAUAACGGCCACUAUGAAGACGUAUAGGUGGCUUUGCAUUAAGCUUAUUUCAUUUUGGGUCACCACUCAAGGACUGUGCACAUUGAUAGAAGGUAGAGAGAGAAACAGAGAAUGUCUCUUUUUAUUAAACUAUUUCAGGUCUUUAACAGGCCAUAGAGUAAAAAAAAAAUAAAAUUGUUAUAAAAUACCUAAGCAGUAGCAUAGCCUUUUCAUAAAUUGUUUGAUUACUUGAGAAUAAAACUAGGUUUCAACCAUAUUUAUCUGACUAAUUGUUUUAAUUAUCCAAUUUUGAUAAUAGACCCUUUUCUAGUGACUUACAGGACAGGAACUAAGGCAGUCAUAGUAAGUACAAGCAGAUCUGCAGAGAUACAGACAACCAGAAUGAAGCUGGACAGUGACCCUUUUGAGAGCACCCCUUUGUGCUCUGCCUUUGUUUGUUAAUUCCUUGUUGCUUAUCUUAGUGUCUGACACUUGGCACUUACUGAUAUGUGAUGGUCACCAGGAGAGUGACUAUUGUGCUGAAAGAUGGUGUUUGUUACACUAGGAAAAUGGAAAAGAAUCAUGUAUUUGCACAGUGUGUUAGACUAUGUUGAUGUUUCUAAUAAAAAAUGUUUUCAGCAGA